AUGAGCUAUUAUGGAAGCAGCUCUUCUGGUGGCAGGGGUGGCCGUCGAGUCGAGUAUGGGAGGAGCUAUGUGGUGAGGCCAAAGGGACGGCACCUAGCCACCAUUGUGUGGCUCCAUGGCCUAGGUGACAAUGGUGCAAGCUGGUCCCAGCUCCUGGAUGCUCUUCCCUUGCCCAAUAUCAAGUGGAUAUGCCCCACCGCAGCGACCCGGCCCGUCGCGGCUUUUGGCGGCUUCCCCUGCACUGCAUGGUUUGACGUUGAUGACACUUCGGUCGAUGGUCGCGACGACAUCGAGGGGCUGGAUGCUUCAGCUGCACACAUAGCGAACCUACUGUCCUCCGAGCCUUCUGAUGUGAAGCUUGGGAUCGGCGGUUUCAGCAUGGGUGCAGCAGCUGCCCUGCACUCGGCAGCAUGCUACGCUCAUGGCAAGUUCAGCAGCGGCACCCCCUACCCGAUCACUCUCAGCGCAGUCAUCAGCUUGAGCGGCUGGCUCCCUUGCUCAAGGACACUGAGGGGCAAGAUGGAGGGCUCACACAUGGCAGCAAGAAGAGCCGCCUCCCUGCCCAUCCUGCUCAGCCAUGGCAGAGCGGACGAGGUCGUGCCCUACAGGAACGGGGAGCGGUCGACCGAGUUCCUGCGGUCCUCGGGGUUCUCGUAUCUGACUUUCAAGUCCUACAACGGGUUGGGCCACUACACCAUCCCCGAAGAGAUGGACGACGUCUGCAGGUGGCUCAGCUCACGGCUCAGCGUCGACCGAUCUCGUUAA